CACCCCGGUUACAUAGAUCUUUUGUUAUAUUCAAGGCUUGUGUAAACCAAGCAGUACGUCUGAGCUUGUUCCCCCGGGAUCAUUUCGUACGGUUCUCUCCUAUACCGCGUGCCGGCGCUGCGUUUUACCGGUACGUACCGAGGUGGACAGGUGACUUUUUUUUGUUGACGGCGACUACCAACAUAUGUGUGGCAACGAAAGCACCGACUCCCGAUUGCUAAUGACGCACGACGACAUCCACCGACCGACCGACAUGGUGUGGUGCGUUGUGUGAGCCGGGAAGUGCCGAAAACACCCAUCCGAAGUGCCCAUCCACACCCCCGAAUGCCCUUUGUUCGACAAGUUUCAACUAUAAAUUGAUUUGAAUGGCGAAAUUUUCGCACAUAAUAGUAUUGACCACCGGGCCGAAGUGACAAUUGAAUUUGUGAGUGGCGUUUCAUUACAUAUUUCGAUUGAGUCGUGCGAUUAAUCAAUCGAUUCCGGUGUCGUGCCAAAAUAAGAAAACCGCAUGAAUCAGUGAAGUGGAGAAAUUGAUAUUGCAACAUCGUCUCUGUACGCUUUAGGAAGGAUUUGCCAAAAACGGAAGGAUUCCACCAGAAAGGACAAUGUGUCGCGUUGGAUUGUUGCUGGCGGCGUUUGUGAUUGGAUUGUGUCAAGCUAGAACACUGCCAAAUCGUAGCAAACAAGUGAAAGCGUACGCGUACGUGUUGCCAGCCGGUGCCGAGGAGAUACGUGAUGACAUUAACCAUUCAUUUGUAUGUGCGAAUCGAACCGACGGAUUCUACGUUGACAUUGAUAAUGACUGUCAGAUUUUUCACCGAUGCCAGGACCGAGCCCGUUUCAGUUUCAUUUGUGCUGAGAAGACCGUUUUCAGCCAAAUGUAUCAAACCUGCGUGCACGAAGGACAACUAGGGUUCCCAUGUGAAGACUCGGGCAUGUUCUUCCCCGAUGCGGAAGAAUCUUCAACCUCAAAUUCCGAAACAGAAUCGUCCAACGAAGGCGACAGUGCAAACAACGAAGAGCAGCCUGCUGCCGAACCAAAUUCGGCCGCCGUUAUGAUGCCAGCUCAGGUCUUACUGCCACCAGAAGAGGAAUCUAUGAUGGAUGAUGCCAGUAAUGAGGAGAAAGUCAUAGGUUCAGUGGUUUCCAUGCCCAUCAGUGAUAACUACGUGAACAUGUUUGACCACCAGCAAAUCAACGACGAUAAGUUUGACCCCGUGGAAGAAGAUGAAACCGAGAACACUGCCCAGGAAAUGCUAGACGAGCAAACAGAUGCUCAAGCUUCGGAAUCUGUUCAACAUGAAGUAAUUGACAACACUCAGGAAGUAGAAGUCAAUGAUGAAAGCAACGAGGUCAGUGCCAUUUCUUCAAAUAUGGAAGAAGUUCCAGUUAAAGUCCACGAAGCAAAUGAUGAUGAGGGUGUUUCUAACUCGGUGGUAAAUGAUAGCAAUGAACAAGAAGAACCUGUAGCUGUCUUGUCAGAAGUGGUGCAACCAACAAUUCAACUGCAGCUUCAUAAUGAUGUACAAGAAAUUGAAGAAUCGGAGCCUGUGGUACAGGACGUUCAAGAAGAAGUACACCAUGUUCAACCGGAAGUAUCAGACGAGCAGAAUACGCAAUCGGUAGACUCUAUCAUUAGCAAUACCGUGAACGAUGAAAAUGAUUCUAAUUCAGUUCAAAACGAAUCAUCAGACACACAAAUGGUAAAUGAGCCAGUUCUCGAAGCUGAGCCACAAACAUUCGAGAUUAGUGAAGUACCUUCACCUAAUGCGGAGAACAUUGUCACUGACAAUGAACUGAACCAUGAUGAGCAGGAAGAAAGUGAACAAAUGAUUAGUGAUCCAAUCGUUGCAGAGAACCUCGCUACGGCUGACGACGAAGCCGUUGUUGUUGAAAACGUAGCUGACUCGGAAGCUUCGCCAGUUCAGAACGAGUUGGUUUUGCAAGCCGAUGAGCCAACCCCCGUGGAAGAUCAAAAUCAGACUGUGAUGAACGAAGUUCACCCAUUGACUGCCACUCUUGCCGAAAAUAUCCCGCUACCAUCUAACUCUGCCGACUUGCCGGAGUUUAUCGUUUCGACUGUAGCCGACCUCAGGAGGGGUGUUGUACCACCAGCGCUGAGGAGGCGAAAAACCUUCCUAUUCAAGGCGGAUGCUGUUCCUUCGUGAGAAAAUCGAUCUAAGGGGGUAAAAUGGUGACGGCGGAUGGUUCCUUCUCGCUGGGCGCAACGAAAAACCGUCCACGCUCUGGUAGCACACGUUGACGUUGCUGUAGGUUUAAGUAAAUUAAUUUAUUUGCGAGUUUGAAGGAAGAAAACGAGAAAAUAAAGUCUGGUUUUAUGUGAGAGGGAGUUCAAUUUUAUGAAUCCGAAAGCCUAACGGCUAUCUGGCCUUGACAAAGCAUCAAUCGACAGUGGAUAAAAUAGCAUAAGGCAUUUAUGAGGUGUGUUCUUGGGUGUGUUAAAAAUAUGCAGAUUUGGAUUACGGUCACACGGGGAAGAUCGGGAGAAAAGAACUUCACGUCUUUCACUGGUUUAAGGCAGGACGGGAAGGUGGUUGAAUCGUCUGCCAUUGCUCUGUUGUUAGUAAGAUACAAAACCCAACUUCUACUUCAUAUUCUUGACUAGAAAUUUGAUCGUUCAUUUGCUCACUUGCGGUGCACAAUCGACUAAAGCUUCAGCUACGUCAGUGCAGUGGAAAUUGGAAUUUGCAUCUUCAAAAUCGUGAGGCAAAUUGUUAGAAUGAGAAGGAAGAUUUGAAAAAUUACACGUCGUCCCGUGCGGCCUUAACUAAGGGUUACCAGCGUGUAUUCACGACUGGACGGGUCAGAGACAUGGGCAUAACUGAUUGUUUCUGUAAUAGAUUCCGAGAUCCAUUGAACUGGCCAGAAUCCCUUUGUAUAGAAUGAGAGCAAAUCUGCUAUCAGACAUUCAAGAAAUGGUUUCAUGGACUGUGUGUGGUUUAACCCUUUA